GCUCUACGAAGGACAGCGGACCAGGGAAUGGAUGUAGGUGUUAAAGAUUUUGAGGAUGUCGCCGUGUACUUUUCUGAGGAGGAAUGGGGCACCCUAGGUGAAGAACAGAAAAAGCUUUACAAAGAUGUGAUGAUGGAGAAUUACCAGGCCCUGAGCUCUCUUGAAAACGCCUGCAGAAAGCCAGAAAUGAUAUCUAAAGUCGAGCGAGGGAAGGUGCCGGGUGUGAGGAGUCUGCUGCAAUAUGAAGAGGAGACCCAGAUGGCUUGCAUCAUUGUGAGGCCUGAAAUGGUGGCAAAUCUCCCGGAACUCCUGACAGAUGAUGAGUUAUCAGACUGCAUCUAUCUGGAAAUUGACUCUGACUCGGAGACGGAACAACAAAGAAAGUCACACAUGAGCGACCCUGAACAAUGUGAGGAUUGGUCAGACUGUAUGCAUGUGAAGACUGAACAUAUCUCAGGGGACGAAGCGGAGAAAGAGACGAGUCUGAGCGAUCCAGCGCCGUAUGAUGAUGAUGAUUCUUCAGAUUGUAUGUAUGUGGAGCCUGGCAGUCUGCCCGAAACAGAAGUGAAAAAGGAACCUGGGAUGAGACAUCCUGUGAACUAUGAUGAUGAGGAGGAUGAUUAUGAUGAUGAUGAGGAUGAUUAUGAUGAUGAUGAUGAUGAUGAUGAAGACGACUCUUCAGGUAUAAUUUUGUACUACUACUAG